GGUGUGGGAAGAUGGCGUUUAUGUGUUCCGGUCAAAGUGUGAUACUGCACCGUGGCCGGGAUGCUGGGGACUGGACAAGGAGAUUUAUGGUUGGCGGCGGCCGAAGAAACAACUCGGGUUCCACGAAGGCUGAUGUUCGGCAGGGGCUGGUUGGCCGUUCGGAGACCAGCGGCCGGAGAGGGCCGCCGGGUGCGCGCCGUGUGGGGGACGCUCCUCGGCCCUGCUCACCGGCACCGGGGCAUGGUGCCCCGAACAGAGCCGUUGCCGUGGGGUCGGAGCCGCGGCUGCCACUGCUCCCUGUAAGAAGCAGUGCCAGGUGGGGAGCAGCCAAAUUUGGAGGCCGUGCAGUGGGACGCAUCUCCCAAAUCCUUGCUGUGUUGCCCUUCUACAGCCCGGUGGCAAAACCUGUGAGUCUUUCCCCAGCAGAGACACUUGGCAAAAAGCAUCUAUCGUUGAAGCGUAGUGAAAUGGGUGGGAGCCAAAUGACUGGUGACUGUGCUCCUUGUGCUUGGACUUUCAGUGACACAUACACGUUUAAAGGGUUUCCCAGCCGUGGAAAUGGUUGGUGCUGGCAUCCUUCGUUUUUUCGAGGGGUGAUUGAGACCUACCACAGUGGGCUUUGGAUCCGGACAUUUCAACGGUUAAUCAGUUCAAAGACCUAUGCAUUGCUUCAGGACAGUAGCAGAUAUCGUUAUCAUUAUUAUUCUAGCAUGAAAGCACUACAACAAUGCAGAAUGUAUGGCUACUAUAAAGGAUCUACAUUCUACGAUGAUCCAUCCAGCUAUUCUUUCCUGUCAAGGAUGUGGUUUCCAGAUAAUUUGCCAAGUAAGAAUAAGCUCAUCUUCAACAAGCUUCCUACUAGAGGGGAUGACUAGGAAACUGUUCAACCCACCUUCAUUCCAAAGCCAAGUUCAAGGUCAUUCUAUCCUCAGUCAUUGAGCUGCAAUGCACUGACAACAUUUGCAUGUAUACAUGUCAGAGGCCAGGGUUCCAGACACUGAAUCAAUCCGCGAUAUAAAUAUUACAUUUACCACCCUCUACCAACACUGCCCCCCAAAAAUAAAUGAUCAUGAAGAAACCUUGGUCGAUGUGAAAGCACAUCCCAGGUCUCAGAAAGCACCACUUUGCAAAGGGAGACUUUCAUGGUUGUUUCCAUUGCACCAGCACAGAUUUUGGGUUUCAGAGGAAAAGGGUGAUUGAAGCUCCAGUCCUCAAACCUGGGGCAAAGGUCAUACACUACUAGGUAACAGUGAUCCCCACUGUCUUGUAUGCUUGACAGACAUGAUCUAUCUACAACAGCAACUCGAAGCACUGGACGAGUACUAACAAUGCUGUUUCAGAAAAAUCUCUAGGUCCAGAGGCAGAAUCAGUUUCCUCUUCCAGGCCAGCAGCUCCAGCUUCUUCUAAAUAAAACAAGUGACUUUAAAUGAAUGGGCUACACCACCAGUUGAAGUUUUGUUACAGAAAGAGAUUAUCAGAAGAGGAGGAAAAGGACCCUUGAACUUUCUGGAAAUCUGAUCAAUCACCACCUAAAAUUGCAGCAGAACAUUUUGGCUCCCCAAAAUUUCUUCAUUGCGGUCAUGGAGAAACUCAGCAAAAAUGAUGGAAGUGGUACUCCAUGUCCCAAAAUAUUCACUCACUGAAUUUAUCGGGCACCUCAUGCUUACCUGUGAUCUUUUAGACCCCCACCAUUAGGGAGGAGGUACUGCAGCAUUAGGACAAGGACUGUCAGGAUGGGAAAGAGCUUCUUCCCCCAGCCUAAGGGAUUACUGAACUCCCUGGCACCACCCACGUCUCAUCACGAAUGAAGUAUCAGUCACAUUAUACUGUUUACUCUUUGAUUUGUGUUGUAAAUGCACCUUAUGCUAAAUGUCAAUCUUCUGGAAUAUAUUUUAGUUUUUGUUAAUUUAUUUGUGGUAAUAUUACUUCAUGUGUGAGUUAUAUAGACUGUGUUGUGCACCUUGGUCCAGAGGAACCUUGUUUUACUUAGCAGCAUGCAUGUAUAUGGUUGAAUGACAAUAAACUUGAACUUAGGUACCCUGGAUCCUGCUUUGGCCUCAUCAGAACUUGCAGACCCUGAAUAGAAGCAAGUUGUCAUCAGUCCUGAGGGACUGCUUAAGAAGCCCUUUUACAUACUUUUUCAGUGUAACGAGGCAUUCUGCAAAUACACCCAAAUCCAUGCAAUGAGUUUGCCUGACUGGAGAGUGAAAAUAUUUCUUUACUUUCUGAGCUUCAAGCUUAUUGCUGAAAUGGCUCUCUCCUUUCAUUCCCUAUCUAAGGCCCACAAUAUUUUAGAUACUAAUUAAGGUUUCGAUUGGCUUCCUCGAUUCUAAACAACCCCAGGCUAUCAGAUAUUCCUCCACGGCUGAUAAUUUUUCUCCCAGUUUAUAAAUCAUGACAGUAUUAUUUUUGGCCUUAAGUAAAUAUUUUCAACUGGCAGUAGGGUAUUCAAGGAAUCAGAUGCUUCAUGAAUUUCCUUAGGGUUCCUCUACUUCUCCACAGCAAAGGCUUGUGGACAUAAUUAUUUUUUACUAAAUACGCAUUAAAUUUGUGGCAAUAGAGAAGGAAAAGCCUAGAAGAGAUUCACCUGCCUUGUCUACAUUACACCCAGAGAGUGUUUUAAUUCUCUGCCAGUUUACGAGUAGCAGGAGUCAUCUGAUAAAUUUAUAUUCAGUCAGUUCCCAACUUUUUCUGACAUCCCUAUCUCGAGAAUUUCUUUGAAGCAUUUGAAGAAGCACUUCCAGUUUUGCCAUCAUUAAACAGCAAAACCUUUCCACAAUAACUAACAACCUUGACUUCAAAUCUAAGUGGAAUAUUGUUAUGGAGUCAUAAUGUCAUACAGCAUGGAAACAAGUGCCUUCAGACCAAUUUGUCCUGUUCUCGACAAAAAAAAAGCCCUGUGCUCCUUGUGCCUUCUUGAUCUUCACAUCCUGGAAUAAUCAAACAAAAACUCCAGAAAAGUCAACCUCCCACACAGCGUUAUCAUUCACAUCAUUUAGACUGUAGACUGUCAGACACUGGAGCAAAAGUAGGCCAUUCCCUCAUGGCUUUAUCAUUCCUCUCCUCCUCAUUCUCCUGUCUGCUCCCCAUUAACUUUUGAUGCCCUUACUAAUCAAGAACCUAACACCUGUUUUAAAUAUACACAAUGACUUGGCCUCUACAGCCAUCUGUGACAAUUCACCACCCUCUGCCCAUAUGUGGGUUAGAAACAUAGAAACAUAGAAAAUAGGUGCAGGAGUAGGCCAUUCGGCCCUUCGAGCCUGCACCGCCAUUUAUUAUGAUCAUGGCUGAUCAUCCAACUCAGAACCCAGCCUUCCCUCCAUACCCCGUGACCCCUGUAGCCACAAGGGCCAUAUCUAACUUCCUUUUAAACAUAGCUAAUGAACUGGCCUCAACAGUUUGCUGUGGCAGAGAAUUCCACAGAUUCACCACUCUCUGUGUGAAGAAGUUUUUCCUAACCUCGGUCCUAAAAGGCUUCCCCUCUAUCCUCAAACUGUGACCCCUCGUUCUAGA